CACAGGAAGCAAGAAUCCCCCUUAUCUCCAUUGGAAAAAAUUCCAAGGCUACUAGCUAGGUAAACUAGAUAAGGAGAUUUGAUUCUGAGAGCAUUGGGUUCUCAUUACGUAAUAUCCAAUCGAAUUGGGCGCAGCCACACAUCUCCCAAAUCUAGAACUAGGUAGCCUUUAAUUGCACUAGAACCAGUGGACUAAUGCAAAGCAAGAGAUUCUUGAUGCCAGUGGCAUGCAGCUGGGAGAAGCUUGUGACAUCAGGCCGGAAGAAUACCAAUUGCUUGCUGGUGUGUUAUGAGUUGGAGUUGCUCUUGGAUAUCUCUGCUUGAGGUUCUUGUUGAGAUAAGGAAUACAUUCUUUUCCAGCAAAGAAAAGAUGGCAUCCUCAUCGGCAGCGGAGACGGUGGCCGUGGAGACCAUGGCUUGCGCCAGGCAGGGUCGCCACCGGCAGCGGUACGAGGGCUGUUACCGCCUUGUCUCAGGAUGCAUCCCUUACAUGCUCAAGGAAGACGAAGAGAGCAGCUGCCUGAAGGAUGAUCAUGUGCUGGACAGGCUGCAAGUGCUCAUGAUCUCGACGCCAAAGCGAAGUGAUCUCAUCUUCCCAAAGGGUGGAUGGGAAGACGACGAGAGCGUCGACGAAGCUGCGUGCAGGGAGGCCUUCGAGGAAGCCGGCGUCAAGGGCAAUAUAAACGUGGUUCCACUAGGAGAAUGGAUCUUCAAGAGCAAGAGCAAGCAGGGCAGCUGUGGCCUGGAAGGGGCUUGCAAGGGAUUCAUGUUUGCACUACAGGUCACUGAGCUGCUGGAGUCAUGGCCUGAGCAGAUCACCCAUGGCAGGAGAUGGGUACCGGUCGAGGAGGCGUACAGUCUCUCUCGGUACGACUGGAUGCGAGAAGCGCUGGACAAGCUCAAGGAGCAGAUGCUGUUUGGGAGCAGCUUCGGUGUCCCGCCUUCGCCGGAGUUGCCGGAGUCGUCUAACCUAUACAUGGUGGUGCCACCGUCUGUGCCUCAUGGAGCUGUGGCAUUCUGCUGAUGCUCUGCUCUUGCUGAUGUUGCUCUUUAUCUGAACCUCCGGGAGCCAGCGGUUGAGAUCUUGAUGGAUGGCGGACCUGGUGAUGUGUCAGGCUUCCCAUCGGCAGAAAAUUAUGGUGCAAGCACUAGAAGAGAGGUGCUACCUAUUUAUGGGAGGAUUAAUAACUGUUCUACAAAGGAUGAUGCUGAGAACUAAUGGAACCCUGAAAGCUAACCAUUACAUUGUAUUUGUGAGAUGUUUCAGCCUUCUGGAUUUAACUGUAACUUUUUGCUCGUUAUAUCUUUUCAACAUUUUUCUUCAAUUAAUAAGAAACCUGUGGUGUCCUGAAUCAUGA